GGACCAGAAGUGGAGAGAUUUUUCAAGGAGCCAAUCGCUGCUGGUAGGUGCGGCUGGAGGAGGUAAGGCAGCCUUUGUAAAAUACAAUUAGUCAAUGAACAAAUCUUAAUGCAGCUUCCAUUUGUAACGGCGUAGACUCCACAAUGACUGAAGCGAUACAGUCAGACUCCCCUGUGCUAUUUACGCAAGUCACUGUAUAUUCUCUCUUGGCAUGCGCUGCGCAGUUUGCUGCAGGAUACCUGUUUGCACAAAUAUGGGGCAAAAAGUGUUCAGUCACUGACCGAUGGGUUCUUGUGUGGUUGUUCUACGACGCAAUUGUCCACAUCACUUUGGAGGGACCAUUUGUGUACAUGUCCUUCGUUGGAACCGUGGCGACCUCAGACAACAUCCUUGCUGAGUUGUGGAAGGAAUAUGGGAAAGCAGAUUCACGCUGGCUGCAUUCAGAUCCCACCAUUGUGUCCCUGGAGCUGCUGACGGUGGUGCUGGACGGCUUUCUAGCUCUGCUGUUGGUUUACGCUAUAGUGAGGGAUAAGCACUACCGGCACUUCAUCCAGAUCACCCUGUGCGUGUGUGAACUCUAUGGGGGUUGGAUGACCUUUUGUCCGGACUGGUUAAUGGGAAGUCCCAGCUUGAACACCAGCAACUGGCUCUACCUGUGGGUGUACCUGGUGUUCUUUAACGGGGUGUGGGUAGUGGUGCCCGGCCUCCUGCUCUGGCAGUCCUGGCACGCACUCCAGAGUGCCCACCAUCUUCUGGGAGACGACUCACGGAAGAAGAAAUGACCCCUUCAGUCAACUACAUUUAAUUUACUCCCCCAGACAUCAAAUUAGUUAAGCUGAAAUGAUUGUGGGAUACAUGUUUGAUAAAUGGGAGGACCAGUGAUAAAUUCACCGGGCUCAUUUCACAGAUACUUUUCUUAUGGGUGUAUUCAACAAUAGACAUGUACAAAUAUUAUUGGUUGGUAAUCACUUAUACACCAUAACACAUCUGUGCGUGCAGGCACACACACACACACACGUCUCUUACAUGCAAGAAGCAUCUAAUUUUGUUUUACGUAGUACAAGUUAGGUUUUAUUUUUUAUUCCUGUCAAACAUAUUGUGAAUUAGUAAGGAUUGCCUACAUACUUUCAAUAAAUUAAUCUUCUUGUCCUGUGA